CAUAACACAUUCAACUUAUGUCGUCUCCUUCAUCGCUCCCACUUCACUCAGCCGCAGCCGCUGCUGCUGCUAAGCCGGCAACGACAACCACGGGCGCGGUGGCGGCCGAUCGGGUCUCAUCAUUAAGCUUCCCUAGCACAGUCUGGGCCGAUGGCUUCCUCGACAAAGUUGAUCUGUCUCAUCAGGCAAAACAAAAGGACCAAAAGUAUGAAGUUCUGAAGGAAGAUGUGAGGAAGAUGGUCAUAAGUGAAGCAAAAACUAGCUAUGGCGAUGAUGACGCGGUAAUUGCUGACAAGCUGCGGCUGAUAGAUGCAGUCCAACGACUAGGUGUUGGACAUCACUUCAAAACAGAGAUUGAAGAAGCACUCGGAAAAGUACAUGACGUGGGAGAAGACUUGUUCACUGACUUUGAUGGAAAAGGUACAAAUCUUUACUGUGCAGCUCUUCGGUUCCGACUUCUCCGACAACAAGGAUUCUCUGUCUCACAAGAUGGGUUUAGCAAGUUGAAGAACAGCGAAAGAAGGUUCAAGGAAUGGUUGGUGACAGAUGAGAAAGGGUUGUUGAGCUUGUACGAGGCAGCGCACAUUGCCUUCAAUGGAGAAGACAUAUUGGAUGAAGCCCUAAGUUUUGCGAGGAAUAACCUUAAGUCGAUCCUCCCAACACACAAGAAGAUCAACCCUUCAUUCAGAAAGCAGAUUGACUUUGCCCUUCGCGUUCCUGCUUGGAAAUGCGACCAAAGGUCACUUGCUAGACACUCGAUAGAUAAUUUAUCUUAUGAGGACUCGGCUCAGAAUCAGAAGCUUCUCACAUUUGCAAAAUUUGACUUCAACGUGACCCAAAACUUCCAUCAACAUGAGCUCCUUGAACUCUCAGAGUGGUGGAGAAAUAUCGAUGUGAAAACCAACUUCCCCUAUGUAAGAGACCGGCUCGUGGAGUGUUAUUACUGCAUCAAUGCUAUCUAUUUUGAGCCCAAAUAUCGGUUGGGAAGAAUCAUAGCCACCAAGGUCUGGAUGACGUUGGCAAUCAUAGACGACACUUAUGAUAACUUUGCUACAUAUGAAGAGGUUCGGGUCUUGACGGAAGCUAUUCAAAGGAUGGAUGUCAGGGCUCUUCAAGAACUGCCCGACAACAUGAAGAAAGUAUAUCGUGCCAUCCUUAAUCUGUUUGAUGAAAUCGAGAAGGAAAUCGGACGCGCAAGGCCUACCUUUAGCGUCGAGUAUGCUAAGGAAGAGCUCAAGAGAUUGUCUCAAGCCUACUUGGUUGAGGUCCGCUGGCGCGAUGAAGGAUCCGUCCCGACGCUGAAAGAGUACAUGACGAACCGAAUUACCAGCAGCGGCAUGAGUAUACUCAGUACAGCUGCGUUCGUUGGUCUGGGACCAGAAAUAGCCACAAAAGAGGGUUUUGAAUGGGCAGCUAGUAGUGAGUGUAAAAUGAUGAAGGCUGGCGGUGUCAUUGGUGGGCUUCAAAAUGACAUUUUCUCUCACAAGCAGCUUGAACAAAAGAGGGACCAUGCGGCUUCUGCCGUUGAAUGUUUUAUGAAGGAGCACAUGGCGUCAGAGGAAGAAGCGGUUGAAUUCCUGACGAAGGAGGUUUCUUGUGGUUGGAAAGACAUGACCGAAGAGUACUGUCGGAAGAAACAAACUACGUUCCCGAUAGCUUUCGCGGAUGUGAUGCUCAACGUGGCACGUUAGGUCAAUUUUGCAUAUGAGAAUAGUGAUUGCAUCGUCAAUUCCCACCUUUUGAAGGAUCACAUCAGUUCACUGUUCAUUGAUCCCGUGCCUCUUUGAAGAAAUUAUUGACACUCGAAUGAUGCCCUACCGCGAUGCUUCUCGAUGCUCUCUUCUUGUUCUUUUUCUUGUUGUCCUUCAAUUCAUGUUCUACUUGUUUUUAGUGUUUGUUGUGUGUUUCCUUUCUUUCUUAGAUUUUUAUCUUUUUGAAUAAGAUUUUCA